CCAGACCGGAUGAUCGCCCGGACAGGAAACCAAACAGGGAAUGCGGAUUUGAACGAUCUUACGUGUCACUCCCGGAGUCUGAGUGAUUCAGAGACCUCCUGGAGACUUCAGGUGAACACAUCUCUGCUGGUUUUGGGUUGCUAACGGUUACUAACAGCAGAAGCAUGAAGGCUUUGAUUCUGGUCGGGGGUUACGGGACCCGGCUGCGACCGCUCACCCUGAGUGUCCCCAAACCGCUGGUGGACUUCUGCAACAAACCCAUCCUGCUGCACCAGGUGGAGGCACUGGUCAAGGCUGGGGUGGACCAUGUGGUUCUGGCUGUAAGCUACAUGUCUGAUCUCCUGGAGAGAGAGAUGAGAAUCCAGGAGGAGAGGCUCGGGAUUCGUAUCUCUCUGUCUCAUGAGAAAGAGCCUCUGGGAACAGCCGGUCCUCUGGCGUUGGCUCGAGAGCUCCUGAACGUCGACAACGAGCCGUUCUUCGUCCUCAACUCGGACGUCAUCUGUGAUUUUCCCUUCAAAGAUCUGCUACAGUUCCACCGCAACCACGGCAAAGAGGGAACCAUCGUGGUAACGCGGGUGGAGGAGCCCUCUAAGUACGGUGUGGUGGUGUUUGAGAACGACACCGGCAGGAUACAACGCUUCGUAGAGAAACCGCAAGUCUUCGUCUCUAACAAGAUCAACGCCGGCAUGUAUAUCUUCAAUCCCAGCAUGCUCAGCAGGAUCCAGCUGAGACCGACAUCCAUAGAGAAAGAGAUAUUUCCUGUCAUGGCAGGGGAGGGACAUCUUUACGCCAUGGAGCUACAAGGUUUCUGGAUGGACAUUGGUCAGCCUAAAGACUUCCUGACAGGAAUGUGCAUGUACCUCCAGUCGCUACGACAACACACUCCUGAGAGGCUACGCACAGGACCCGGUUUCCUAGGCAACGUUCUAGUGGACCCAACGGCGCAGAUUGGGGAGAACUGCACCAUCGGCCCAAAUGUCACCAUCGGUGCCGGCGUGGUUGUGGAAGACGGGGUGAGGAUAAAACGCUGCACGGUGCUGAAGGGAGCGCGGGUUCGAUCACACUCCUGGCUGGAGAGCUGCAUCGUGGGGUGGAGCUCCUCUGUUGGCCAGUGGGUCCGUAUGGAGAAUGUGACGGUGUUGGGAGAGGAUGUGAUCGUGAACGACGAGCUUUACCUGAACGGCGCCAACGUCCUGCCUCACAAAUCCAUCAACGAGUCGGUCCCAGAGCCACGAAUCAUCAUGUAGCAUCGGGUGGAGAUGAAGGAGGAGGGGAAAAAAAGCCCAGAGCCUUUUUAAAUACGAACACCUAAACUGUGCCAGCGAGAGAGGGGAUGAAGUGACAGGCAGAGGAAAAGAGGAGCAGCGAUAAAGACGAACAAAAGAAGGGUCUUUUCUCUUUUCAAAAAAAAAUUAAUUCUGACUUUUUGCCCUGCUUGGCUGCACCGUCCAUCAGUCAUUAAUGAUGAGCAUAUGAUCUGUCAACAAACGCAAACCUCCUGAAUGUGACGGAGGGUAAUUGUCCCGCUUUAAUAGAGAAAACGCGAUGGAGGGGGUCGAUAUACUUGGGCUGGUCGUCAGUCAGAUGGUGGAGGGACUAAUGUGAAGUAUAUUUUUGUGGGGAGCGGGUUAGUCAGCGAUACGAACACUGCUGGUUAGAUUCACUAUGCAUUUACAUUUCCUGGACAGCUACUGAGAGUGAAUAAGUACUGAAGGAUCAUACAUCUAAAUCUGCUGCAGCAGAGACAGCAGGAAUCAUGCCUGAUGACUCUAAGAUUUAUGAUUUGACAUAUUAAACAAAAUGCAGUAUUGGUUCUAGUCAAAGCUCAGAUCAGUUUUUGGCCUUUUGGGGGCAGCAGAACAUGACAUUAAAGACACCUCACCACAUAAAGUUGAAUGUUUUAGCAAAGAGUUUUAUAUAUACACAUCCAGCAGACACAGGAAUAUUAUCAUCCAACUUUAGUCUUGUUGUAAAUGUAAUUUGAUCCAUUUUUAUCUAUUAAUAAUGAUUAGUGCAGCUUGAAUCAGUUAUAGAGUAGUUGUCUUGUUGCUUUGGUUCUUUAUUUUUAUCAUGAAAACUGUGCACUUCAAUGCCAAACUGGUUAUUUCUGAACAAAAUGUAGCAGGCUUUUAUAACAAAUUGCAGUUUACACAUAUAUGUAUGUAUAUUUGAGUCGGGUCUGCGUCUGAAAUAUUCUUUAAAAUAAUAAUGUAUUGUUCCACAUUUAAGUAAGACCAACUUAACACCCUCGGAAAUCUUUUUUUGCUGACCUCCUCUGGGUUACCUUCUCACCUUGCUGCGGUGAUGUACAGGUGUACUCUGGCACACUAUGACAUCACCAUUGGGUGUGGUUACUGAAGACAAUGAAGCACUGCUCUUUGUUUGUCAGAACAUAAAGUGGAUUUAUUUUUCAGAUUCAAUUGCAUCUGUCCUUUGGGAAAAUAUCCAAAACAUUUAAAACUUUGAGUCCCGUUUAUUACACACCAGGAAACUGAACCAGGAUAUGAGAUGAAAUAUCGAACAACUUACACUGGUGGGGCUAAAAAUGUAAAAUUCGUCCCAAGGUUGUAGCAACAGUUAAAGUAAUUUUGAUCUCCAAAUCAAAAAUCUUCUGUACGGUGCCAUUUUAGGCCAUUUCAGACCCAGCUCUCUCAAUGUUUAUCAGCAUAAACACUAAAUAAUCUCAGCUGUACCCAGCAUCCACCUAUUGGAUUGUAUCUUUGUCGUGAACUAAACUGUCCGAGGAUCACUAAACUUAUUGGGCUUCAUCCUUUGGGGACCAUGAAUUUCCAAACCAAAUUUCAUGGUGAUCCUUUCAUGUUGGACCGACAGACUAAUGUUGCCAAAUUUAACAUCAGACGUUAUGAAUUCAACAAAUUAAUGAGCUUGUCACCAAAGGUGUCCAUGCACAGAGGUUUUGAUGUGUCUUCUACAUUUGACUUGUUACUGACCGUGGACACAUGCAGCAGGUGAGGUCAGGUGUCCGUCUGUCCAGAUAUUCAACGAAACUGAUCUCUGAACUCAAAACUGAUGGGCAGAAUGCAGUGGAUCUAUGUUGUUAUGCAGUUAGUGAUGAACACUGAACAUGUUAAAACUUUGACUGUGUGAAUGAAUGAAGUCGAUUCUUGAAAUGAAGUCUUUUUUUAAGAGAAUAAUAUAAUCUACUGACCAUAUCC